AUGUAUGUUGAUGAUACUAUUUUUGAUAUAAUAGAGUAUGAAAAUGAAAUUGAUAUUAGAAAAUAUAUUUUAAAAAAUCCUAUAGGUUUUUACAUGAUAUGGACUAAAAAAAGAAUUAUGAGAAUGCAAUUGUCUGAACUUAAUUUUGAUAAGCAUACUAUAAUGGAAAACAAAGACAGUGACUAUUACUUGUUAUCAUUAACAACUAAAGCUGGUGAUAUAUUAGAAAGAAUAAUGCAUCAUAUGAAUAUUAAUCAUAAUCACAACAAAUGUCUGAUAUAA